AUGAGGUCCUGGGUCUCAGACAGAGACAUGAGGAGGUCAGAAGGGAAGGUGCUAACCCUACCAUCGCUGUGGACGCUCUUUUUCAGCCUGAUGAAAGAUGGCAAAUACCACAUCGUUGUGCUGGUGGGAGCUGCAGGGAUUGGAAAGACAAUGACAUCAAGAAAGAUCAAGUUAGACUGGGAAAAGGAGCCCUUUAUUCUGGGUGACGUCGUGUUAAAUUGCUGUCCUGAUCGACGAGCACCACUUGGAGAGAUCCUGGCUAGUCAGAAGCUUCUGUUCAUCAUUGAUAGCUUUGAUAAACUGAGGUUUUCCUUGGAUCAACCAAAAAGUAAAUUAUGCUCAAGUGCUGAGGAAAAGAAGCCCGUGGAAAUUAUUCUGAGCAGUUUAUUAGAGAAGACUCUCCUUUCGGAGUCCUCCUUACUCAUCACCACAAAAACAACAGCUCUUCAAAGUCUGGGGCAGUGUUUAAAGACAGGGAGUUUUGCAGAGAUACUAGGUUUUUCAGAAGCUGAUAGGGAGGAAUAUUUCCACAAGUUCUUCAUGGAUGAAGACAAAGCAAGAAAAGCCAUUAGCUUUGUCAAAAGAAAUUACACUCUUUUUACCAUGUGCCUUCUUUCCAGAUUACUCAAGUGUGGGAAAAAAGAUCUGAAGCAGGAUCUGAAGAAGUUCCUGGUCAGACUUUGCUGCCUGACCGCUGAUGGAAUCUGGAAGCAGGAGAUCCUGUUUGAGGAAAAGGAGAUCAAGGAACGCAGCUUAAAUUACCCGGUUCUCUGCUCCCUUUUUCUGAAUGACAGCAUUCUAAGAAAAGAUAGGGAGUGUGUGCAUGUCUACAGCUUCAUUCAUCUGAGCUUUCAAGAGUUUUCAGCAUUGUUCUAUGCACUGGGGGAUAAUGAGGAUACAAGGGGACACUCAGGGACUCCUGAGAAGAGAAUAAAGGUAGUGCUUGAAAACUACAGUGAAUGUAAAAUACAUUUGAUAUUAGUGGUGCAAUUCCUGUUUGGCCUGUUAAACAAGAAAACAAAGAAGCAGCUGAAGAAAAUAACUGGAUGUGAAACUUCACCUCAAAUUGAGGAAGGCUUGCUGAGGUGGACUCAGAGAAGCCAAGGAGUAGCUUCAAGUUCUGAUAGGGUUAUUUAUGACAUGAAUAUAUUUCACUGUUUGUUUGAGAGUCAAGAAGAAACAUUUGUGAGCAAUGCAUUGGAGCAUUUCACUGGGAUUGUUCUAAGAGACGUCAAGUUGACCCAAUUCGAUCAAGGGGUUCUCUCAUUCUGUGUCAAACACUGGAAGGGACUGGACUCCCUUCAUCUUGAAUGAUGCUUCCUUACAUGGGAAGACCAUGAAAACAAGGUCAUUCCAGGACCCCCA